AUGGCCAGCAGUGGAGAGACGAGCUCGAUGAGGAGCACCAACAGCUGGCUGGACUCAGCCGACCAGCAGGAUGGGGAUCUCCCCCAUCCAGCCGACCACCCUAGGGCCGAAGAUGGCCCUCAGGAACAGAAUGGGAUGAAAAUCCCGAAGAUGAUCCCUAUGCCCCAGAUCGCUGGGACGAAGUCAGGGACAAUCAGGAUCGAAGUACCGAUCCUCGAUCGACAGUCACCAAAGGAGGCAGCAGGGACCGAAUGGAAUGAGGAUCCCAAGGACGACCCCUAUGAGGUCGACCGGUGGGAUAGCACCACCAAUGAAGGAGAAAGCAGUCCAGAUGGAUCCCUAUCCAGCAAGUCAGGAAGCAGUGGCUCCCUGGCAGAUGAUGAGUUCCCCGACUGGACCAUCAAAGCAAGAAUGGCAACUCAGCCAUUACCCCGGAUCAGCAAUCGAACCCUUCGAGGGUUCUUGCACAGGAAGAUCACCAGUCUCUUUCUCAACUGGGACUUCUUUGAGGAGUUCCGACAAUAUGCUGACUAG